AUGCUGCUCGUCGCGCGCGCCGCGCGGGCGCUCCGGCCCGCGCCGCGGCGGAGUCCAGUGCGGAUGCUCGCGAGCCGCAUGCCGACAUUGGAACUGCGCGACGCGAGCACCAAGAACAUCGUACCCGUCGAAAACGAGAAACCGUUGAAGUGGUACGCCUGCGGCCCCACGGUCUACGACGCGACGCAUUUAGGACAUGCAAGGACGUAUGUUACAUUAGACCUGGUGCGACGGGCGGCAGAAACAAUUGGAGGCGCGACGAUCGACUUCGCCAUGGGCGUUACCGAUAUAGACGACAAGAUUAUUAAAAGAGCGGCGGAGCUAGGAAUGGAGCCCCUCGAGCUCGCUCGAGUAGAGGAGGCGAAUUUUUUCGAAGACUUGGAGCGACUCGGGUGUCGGGAGCCGACUUUAGUAUUGAGGGUGUCGGAGCACAUCGAGGACAUCGUCCAGUUCACCCAAGAGGUCGUAGAGCAGGGCUAUGGGUAUACGACGACGGACGGGAGCGUGUGGUUCGAUGUCGCGAAACUUGGAGGUGCUUAUGGUGCCUUCGCGGAAGGGAGGGGCACUUCGACGGCGGCGGCGCAAGCCGCGGCGUUGAUCGAGGAGGACCCGGCGUCGGCGUCGGACAACAAACGAGAUCAACGAGAUUUUGCGUUGUGGAAGGCUGUGUGGAAAUCAAAAUUUUACGGCGCGUUCGACCUCCACGCCAUCAACGCGACGCCUGCUCGAUGGCGUGGCGAUGCCGGUUCCUCGGCGCUCGACUCAGCCAGCACGGACACGUCAUCGCCGAGAAAUGACUUAGUGAAGAAUUGUCGUGCACCCGACGCACUGGUUGAUUUCCACACAGGUGGAAGGCGGCGAAAGAAGGGGAAAUCUCGUGGCCCUCUCCUUGGGGUGCUGGUAGACCUGGAUGGCACAUUGAAUGUAGUGCGAUGACGCGGGCUGCAUUUGGUCAACAUUUAGAUCUGCACGCGGGAGGAGUAGAUCUCGCCUUUCCCCACCACGAGAACGAAAUCGCGCAGUGGCGCGGCUGCAAUGCUGACUUGACGGGGACGUGGUGCUCUUGUUGGUUGCACACCGGGCAUUUACAUAUAGAAGGGAGGAAGAUGAGCAAGUCGCUCAAGAACUUCGUGACGGUCCGCGAACUGCUAGAUGGUGAGGACGCGGUGGACCCCGAGGCCUUCCGCAUCUUCUGCGGCCUCCAUAGAUACGCGUCGACGGUGUCCUAUUCUAGAGUUAAGCUCGCGGAGGCCGACGCCGCGCGCCGCGACUUCGACGCCUCCUUGAGAGCGGCGCGAACUGCGCUCAGCGGCGAUUUGAGUAGAGCACCGCGGCGCUGGACCGACAGGGAGCGCGCGUUGCAUGAGGCGCACCGCAGCGCGCAAAAGACCUUCGCGGCGACGUUACUGGACGACGCGAACCUCCCGGAGGCGCUCCAGGCGCUGCUGGACCUCGCGACGCGCCUGCGGCAGCACUGCCUCGAGGCCGCGACGGAGCGACGGGACGUCGUGCCGGAGCCAGUCAACGCGGCGGCGGCGUUCCUGGCGGGGUCACUCCGCGACCUCGGCCUGGUCGAGACGGCGGGGGCGUGGGACGGCGUUUCCAGUUCCAGUAAAGAGGAUUCCGACGACGGGGCGCUCGAGGCGCUCGUCGCCUUCCGGGGCACCCUGCGCAAGGCAGCUCUGGAGGCGAGGGACGACGACAGCAAACUGAAGCUGCGCGGCGCGGUGCUCGCCGAGAGCGAUAAAAUGAGAGACGCUGAGUUUUUAGUGAAGCGGGGCCUCGCUUUGGUGGAUACGCCGGACGGCGAGACCCUCGUGCAGCCGCGCGUCGCCGAGGCCGCGAAGCCGAAGGCGCCCAAAGCUGAAGCGCCGGCGGCCUUCGACUACAGCCACACGCCGCCGGAGGAGUUGUAUACGGUCGGCGAGUUCGCGGGCCGCUACGGUACCUUCGACGAGAGCGGCCUGCCGCUGACCGACGCCUCGGGUGAACCCGUGUCGAAGAGCCAGCGCAAGAAGCUCAAGAAGCGCCUCGACGUGCACGCGAAGAAAUGGGCCGGGGCCGCGAGCGCCGCAUAGGAGUAAACACAAAAC